AUGAUAGUGUUGUCCGCCUUUGCUUUGCUACACCGACUUCCUCCACAAUACGAAUGGCCAUGGGAGACGGAGUGCUCCAAACGCCUUCAUUUGCCGAAAAGACAUUUCACAGUCUAUCAUGACAGCCAAUUUAAACUCAGGUCCAUUCCGCUCCAACCACGUCUGCUGCGAUAUCUCCUCAAAGACCCGACUAGAGUCCACCCUUGUCCAACGGUUUCAGUCUUAGACUCUCACAAUCCAUUGGGUCGUACUCCAUACGGGGGGAUGGUCCUGGUGAUGAAAUACUCCGUAAUAAAGUCGGCAUUUCGACACUCUCCCUGCCAGUUUACACAGCCGACAGGGAUAACACGUCCCUGGUGCAACCGCUUCUGCUUUGACCUGACCAUGGGCCGAGAUGAACUCCAAUAUUUCUCAACGGUGACAUCUUACCGCUGUCAUCCAAUGUAG